AUGGGCAAGCCCUUUGGCAGUGUUUGGAAAGCUGUUCUAGUCUGUUCAACAGACUUUGUACACCUGAGACAGUCAUGUAGACGGAGGAGUGGGCUCAGAUUUUGGCAUUAUGUUGAACCUGACAAUAAACAUUUACACUUAGACCCAACAAUAGACAUUUACAGUUAUAAGGAGGAGACGGCUUCAAUUGAUGUUGCACUGGGGUGGCUUGGAUUGGUAGAUGAAUUAGUGCUUUGCCUUUUGGUAUUGGGUUGCUCCCAUACUGAGAUAAAUCAGGUAUUAUGUGGAAGCAUUGAGAGGAUCUAUCGCAAGCUGCAACUGGUUAUUCCCCUGAUGAGCAAGGCAAUGGGUUCUGUCAAAAUGUUAAGAUUUCCAGGAAAUGUAUUUGAUUUUACCAUCAAUCAACUAGAUAAUAGGGAAACUGUUCCUGUCAUAUUCAGAAGAAAUGUUGAUAAAUUUCAUGUUAAUGGUGCUGCUUUGUGGCUCAAGUUCAAAUCCUGGAAACAGCAUGUCUUUCGAAGGGAAGACUAUAAUCUUCACUAUUUGCUAGCAAAUGACGUAUCUGUUCAGCCAGAUGCAGCUCAAACCAAGAGAAGGCAUGUGGACCCUCAAUCAGACAUAGAAGAUUAUGACAAAUUGCUUUUGAUGUCCAAGAAACUAUUCAUCAACCAUUACUUAAAGUUAGAGUAUGUCAACGACUUGGUUUUGAAGUCACAUGAAAAUGAUAUGACAGUGAAGUUUGGCUUUGAUGGUUGGAUAUGA